CCGUGGGUGGCCAGCGCCCAGGGACAGCGCUUCCGGCCCCCCGCGCGCCUCCCGCCGCCAGCCCCGCCAGCCCCGCCGGCCCCGCACCCCCCUCGCUCCCCCCUCGCUCCCCCCCCGCCUCCUCCCGCCUCCCCCGCGCCCGGCGAUGCCGCUGCGGGGCUCCCGCGCCGCGGGCCCGCGGGGCCGCCUCCCUCCGCUGCUGCUGCUGCUGCUGGUGGCGCUGGCGGCCUGCGCCGCGCGGGCCUCCGAGAUCACCUUCGAGCUGCCCGACAACGCCAAGCAGUGCUUCUACGAGGAGAUCGCCCAGGGCACCAAGUGCACGCUCGAGUUCCAGGUGAUCACUGGAGGUCAUUAUGAUGUUGACUGUCGGUUGGAAGACCCUGAUGGCAUUGUGCUGUACAAAGAGAUGAAGAAACAAUAUGAUAGCUUCACCUUUACUGCGUCCAGAAAUGGAACAUACAAAUUCUGCUUCAGCAAUGAAUUCUCUACUUUUACACACAAAACUGUGUACUUUGAUUUCCAGGUUGGGGAAGAUCCACCACUUUUUCCUAGUGAGAACAGAGUAACUGCACUUACCCAGAUGGAGUCUGCGUGUGUUUCAAUCCAUGAAGCUCUGAAGUCUGUCAUCGAUUACCAGACUCACUUCCGCUUGAGGGAGGCGCAGGGCCGCAGCAGAGCAGAGGAUUUAAACACAAGGGUGGCCUACUGGUCAAUAGGGGAAGCAAUUAUUCUUCUUGUGGUUAGUGUUGGGCAGGUAUUUCUCCUCAAAAGCUUUUUCUCGGAUAAAAGAACCACGACAACCCGUGUUGGGUCAUAACUGGUAGUGGUAGUGCUUCAGGUCAUUGUGUGCUAUCAGUCUGUAAAAAUUACUGUUCUCCAAUUAAUGGCAGGUACAAAGGAUCUGAAGAUAUGCAACGUUCAAACAUGUCUAUCCCUCAUCCCUUAAAAAUCACAAAAUAGAUGCAAAAUGUUGUGAAAGGGACAUGUGAUCUGAUACAUUUUAAAAAUACUUUGCAACUUCAUUUUUUUUCUGAUUCCUGUAUUGAAUAUCUAGCAGAGACCAGCCUCUCUUCAUUUCUACUUAGGCUAAUCCAAAUUAACUUUGAUUUUUAUCAGCAAGAUUGGCCAUCUGCAGUAUACUUUUAAAUAACCCAACAGUCUAGUGUCUGAUGUGAGAGCCAAUGUACAUGAAAAUUUGAUUUGAUUUUAUCUUUCAGGGUGAAGGUAUUCUAUUAUAAAAAGGCAAAUGUGAUUAACUGUAGUACACUGUUUUGAUUUGCUGUUGAAAAAUGAUACCCCAUUGAUAGCCCUUGCAUAUUUGUAAAAUUACUGUAAGCCUGGCCACAUCAUGGUGCAAAUUCUCUUGUCAGCUUGGUAAGUCUCUGCCUUAAAAACCUGCUAAACUUUAUACUUGAGUAUGCUUGCUUCAACAUACACUCUUCUAUGUUAAAAUAAAUGCAUGUCAUCUCUUACAAGGCUUAUUUUACUGAACAGACAGUAGGCUGAGACUACUCAGGAAUUCCACUUUCUGUAUUCAAAAACCCAGAUCUCCAAGUUUAUUUUAAAGAACAUGCAAUAAACUAGGGAAUUUUGCAGCUUUGUCACUGAAACUGUACAGUUCCCAUAUUCAUACAUGCUGCUGCUGUUUCUUGGAUUUAAGAUGGGAAGUAGCCUGAUUUCUCCAGCAGCACAGCACAUGCACUGAACAAGCUUAUAUUGUGUCAGGCACAUCCAGAGCUACUAAAUUGUUUUCCUGUGAAGAGGCAAAUUUGAUACUGACACUGCAUUGCACCAGUGCUGUAAAUUCUACUUUCCUGUGUGUGGUGCAUUAAUUCUUGAUGGUCUCGUGCACCUAACUGCCACUCUUUUUUGCUAGCAGUCAGGAAAUACUUUAAAUAUUUGAGGUUAUCCUACAGUAGUUUUAGUUCCAUUGUUUCCAAUUCUAAUGUCUUCAGUAGCUUAUGUAGUGUCAUGUCUUGUUUUACUUGGAUGUGGAAGGGAGUAAAUGUAUGUACCUACGAGUGGCUUGAACUGAGCUGGUCAUAAUAAGGCUAAACUGCUUCAAAUAGCUCUGGAGGAAUUAAGUAGAAUGACCAAUUCUUAAGUGCACACAAGCUAAACUGAGAAAAUUUGUCAUUUAUUACUGGCUAGUUCAAAUGAUGCUUCUUAAACAAGUUCUCAGCAAGCAGAGAAAGGAUGGUAAACCCUUAGUAAUUGCUUGUAUUAUUUCUAGCAAAAAGUUGAUAGUGCAUGUAUAUGUGACACUGGAGCAGUCUGAAAAAUUCAUCUAAGAUUACUUGAUUUUAAAGUCUUGUGAUGGGUGAAAAAUACAAACAAAAGUACACCCAACUGUCUGUUGUGAACUGAGUGACUGCUUCUUUGGAAACUGAAGAAAAACCUGAAACAGCUCAAAUGAUUUAGAAAGUAACAGGUAUUAAAAACCCUAAUGUAUGCAAAAAUUCAGAAUUUUAUGUAAGGUUUUUCUGUCCUUUACUGAUUUUUAAAUACUGCAAUCCCUUUUGGGGAUGCAAGCUUCCCAGAAAUAGUUGGAUGCAUAAAAAUCAGAAAACAAAAGAGCUAGUGCUUUUUUCUUGGGCUGCAAAUCUGUGUCUGCACACAAUAUGCUUGAUUGUACCUAGAUGCUUUAUUCUUCUGUGUCAGCAACUGAUGCUCAAUACUUUUUGUGUUGCAUUGCAAACAGUAAUGAAGCAAGUGGUACACUGGGUGCAAACGUCAGAUGCAAAAGUGAUUUAAUUUUGAUAAUGUCCACUAUUAUCUUCUUGAAUAUCACUUGUGUAGCUUUAAUCACAACAGAAGUAUUUGUUUUGAAGCUUAAAACACAUUGGGUUUUUUCCAGAGUUCUGUAUGCUCUCAAAAUUGGUAAACAGUGGGAUAAAACAGAUGAAUCGGUGGCCAUCAUUUGCAUGUCUCUUUAUUAUUCCAUAAUGUUUGUAUGUGUGAAGUGGGACUGUUCAGCUCAAUAUUACUCCCACUGCAGAGGUUUAGUGGCUUUGACUUCUGCAUUGAAGUUAGGUAUCCAACCCUGGUAUCCUCUGGUAUCCUGCUGCGUAACCUGCAGCAAUAGCUUAAAAAUGCCUUUAUUUUUGUGUUAUUAAAAGUGUGGCACAAAUACACAUGUUUAAACAUAGCUGUACAUAGUUUUUAAAAGAAGUGACUGAAUAGGAUAUAAUAAAACACAUGCUAACACGCAGCUGGUGAAGAAGCGCAUUGUGACUUUGGGUGAAAACUGUAUCUUUUUAAUACACAAAAAGAACAGUUUGGUUCAUGGUGCGAUACACAAGUAAACACCCUGCGUUCAAGGGGAUAUAACUGUGUUUUUAAUUGCUAAAGGCCCUGUGUUUCAGCUGUUCUUUAGAUGUUUCGUGUUUACAGAACUUCUUUUAAUGUCCUGAAAUGUCAGUUCUUGUUUUAGUUAAAGGGGGGGGAAAAAAAAAAAAAGUUCAGUUUGAAUAAGACAAAAAGCAGAGCCUGUGAAUAUUGUCUGGGAAAAUAAACAUUAAUAUAUGAA